GCAAUCUCUGUCACACCACACGGCAGCUCUUUGCUCGUGUGCCGCACAAGGUUUUCUUCCUUCAGGAUUCUCGGUUUUUCGGGUGGUGGGGGAUAGCCGAGGAGGGGCCCCCAAGUACAGGGCACAGCACCACAGAAAGGCAGUUUUAUUCACUCGGAUAUCGGGGCUAGCAUCGGCAUUCAAUCACUUCCCGCACCGACUCCAGGUUCAGCGGCGCAUACCGCGGCAGGACACGAGUGCGGAUAUGUCUUGCGAUGAAAAGCCACGUGGGAUUGAAAGCACAUGCUUGGUACGAAUCAUUGCCCAUCCCGACACACCCACCAGAUUGCCGACACAUCCAGAUCUAGUUUAGGCACUCGCAUAUCACAACACUCCUUUGCCUGGCAAACAUGGACGCCACAGACAUCGAGUAUGGACAACCCCAACGUGGCUCGGUUAUUGAAGAAUGUUAGUGGAGGUAGAGAGGGAUGCCUGCUUGGGGUUGGGGGUCUAAGCCAAUACCAAGAGCUACCUGGAGGGAUAAGUACGCUGCCCGGUAUCACGGAAGUACCUAGCAGGUUGGAGGAUUACCUGUCACCAAAGAUGGCCUCCCUACUCCUACCAUCCCCCCAGCUUCCCCGUCUAGCCAACCUCCUCACAAGCUCAGUACUCCUCCACCUCCUCAUCGCCCUCCUCCUCCUAAGUCUCGCCUACCGUGUCCACCGCUGGCAUAAACUCUGUCAUGUCCCUGGCCCCUUCCUAGCAGGAUGGACCUCCCUCUGGCUCACCCGCGGCUUCAUCAGCUACAAAGUCUACGAAGACAUGCACGCCCUCACCAAGAAAUAUGGCCCUGUCGUCCGUGUAGCUCCAAACAAGGUGAUCAUCAACAACAUUGACUCCAUCUACCGCAUCACCAGCGCGCGGUCAGAGUACAAAAAGAGUGACUGGUACCUCCUCGCACGGGUGAUGCCGGGGGCGGAUAAUCUCCUCUCAAUGAGAGAUCCAAAGCUGAGAGCCAAGAGGUUGAGACAUUUCUCGGGCAAAAACCAAGACGACUUCGAACCCGCCGUUGACAAAACCAUCUCCACCCUCCUCGACCUCAUCAACACCAAAUACCUCUCAUCCCCCUCCCAACACCGCCUCAUGAACCUGGCCCAGAAAUCCCACUUCUACACCUUGGACUCGUUCGGUGAAAUAGCCUACAGCCAGUCCUUCGGCUCCCUCGACACCGACAGCGACGUCCUCGGCAUCGUCAAAACAGGCGACGUGACCUUCCCUCUGCUCAGCGCGGUGCACAACCACCACAAGAUCUUCCAGACGAUUCAAAAAUGGCCUUUUUACUACCUCCUCCCCAGGGAAGGGGACAAAGUCGGUUUUGGGAGGGUGUUUGGCCUGGCGCUGGAGAUUGUGAACAAGAGGUCGAGGGAGGUUGGGGAGGAGGGGGUGGAUAAAAAGAGGGAUAUGCUGCAGAGCAUGAUGGACAAUGGGCUGGAGGGGGAUGAGCUGAGGAGUGAGGUUGCCAUGUCUUUUUUUGUCGGGUCGGACACGGUUGCAUCUGCCAUCAGAAUGACGAUGUUGUUGCUCAUGACACACCCCGUUGUGUAUAGGCGUUUACAAGAGGAGAUCGACGACGCCGCAGAGAAGGGCAAAAUCAGCCGGCCGGUGACGAACGAUGAGGCAAAGAGGCAUCUUCCGUACAUGCAGGCUGUGAUUCAAGAGUCACUCCGGUUAUUCCCCCCCUCGUCAAUCGUCCCGUUUUUCAAGGAGGUCCCUGAGACGGGGGAUACAGUCGACGGAUACUACCUCCCCAAGGGAACCACCAUCGGCACAGGGUGUGUCAUGUGGAGUAUGAACCGCGACGAAGACUUCUGGGGUCCGGACGCGAACCUCUUCCGACCGGAGAGGUGGCUUGAAGCGAACGAGGAGAGAUGGACCGAGAUGGAACGGUGUGUGGAUUUGAUCUUUGGGAGUGGCAAGUUUGUCUGUGCUGGGAAGAAGAUUGCGUUUAUGCAGAUGUACAAGUUGUUUCCCGAGUUACUGAGAGGGUAUAACUGGUCUCUGCCAGAUCCGUUGCGCCUGCCAACGAUUGAUAACCCUACCAUCUGGGAUAUCCACGGGUUGAUGGUGCGGAUAGAGAAGAGGUAGAGCAACGGUGGGCCCUCUCGGACAAAGAUUUCUCGUCAGCAGGAUGCACACCAGGCGCGUUUGGGGAGGGGGAGCAAUUCACAAGUUCGGAUACCUUGAAUCUGAAACAAUCCAGACGGCGCAGGAAAUUCC